GCAUAAUGCAUCCAUUCUUUAUAAAGGCGUAGCUACUCAACACGGCUGAUGCAUUCAUAUAGUUGAAUGCAUAUUCAUUCAGGUCAAUAGAAAUAGAAAAACCAUAAACAUUAACAAAACCUGAAAAGCAGAUUUAUUAGAGCUUCAUUUGUAAACUGAGUUCAUUUAAAGUAGGUACAUUUUGGAGAAUAUGAAAGAUCAAGUAGAAGCGAAGUCAGAAUUCGAAGAAUAUUUAUUGAUUUGUAAAUUAUUUCUGCCAUUGUGCCUAUCAAACUUUAGGAUUGCGUUUAACAGAUAUUUGGAUUAUUUUAGUCAGACAUUUGCCGAGGAUGUUACAACAGCGCUGGCAAUUCUUACGAUCGUACGUAUGAUGCUAGCACUAUCUAAAUCAUAUCCGUCACCAACUGCAACGAAACAGAUAUUCAUCGUACUCGUUGAGACCCGUCAGGAUUUUUACAAAGCUAUGUCAUUUAUGGUGCUUCUUGGAUCCAUACUGUUUGCUAUUCUUCUAACGUUUGGAUUAACACCGGCAGGUGAACUUUUCCGGAUUUUGUUUAAAAUUUCGGAUGAUGAAUUACACUUGGUACAGCUGGGGAUAACUAGUAUAUGCCUGGUUCCUAUUUUAUCAAAUCUACAGAGUGCAUUAGAGGGGAUUCUUUUAAAAGAGAACAGUUGGAAACUAAACAUGUUUGCCAAAAUCUUCAGCAUUCUACUAAAGAUAUUCACUGUUGCAGUACUGGUGAACACAACCCUUGCGAAAUAUUACCCCAUUUUUAUACCUACGAUAUCUGUGUAUAUAUCUUCAAUAUGUACAUUGUUGUUAUUGGGUCUAGCUUAUAAAUUGGUACUUUUCAAAGAACUUCCGGACGAGACAUCGUUGCUGAAUUCGAACAGAAACCCGUUAACAUUUAUGGAUAUCGUGAAGUUGACAGCUCCGAUGGGAAUGAAACAAAUUGUGGAAAAAUAUGAAUUGACCAUUUUGAAAAUUAUUCUGGUUCAUACAGCAAACAGCGAAAUGGAGAGGAAGCAUAUACUUGCAUAUUUGGAUGUCGUGCAAAAUGCGGGCUAUGUAUUAUCAAGAUGGCUAUUUGGGAUUCCACCACUCGUGUCAGCAUAUUUAGGAAAUAAUACGAAGAAUAUUACUCUUUACAAAGAUCGAUAUGACAGACUUGUUGUGUUUAUAAUGAUUGUUGUAGCAUUUGCAACAUUGCUAAAGGUUCUGGUUUGUUGGGUGCCAAUGUUAACGAAAACAUUUCUUCUAGGGAUUUUUAACAUUCCAGAUAAUGAAUUCGGUUUUAUCAGUUAUCCAUUCAAAUUGUGGACAUUUCGGCCGUUAUUAUACGGCUUGUAUACGUUUUCUGUGGGAGUACUGACCCAUAAAAAGGAUACAAAGAUUCUUAUCGUGUGUUCCUUCUUGGAAAUAGUGGUAAUAUCAGUUGUACCGCUUUUAUUAAAUUUAACUGUGAUGGAUGGUUUACUAUCUGGAAUGGUGUCCCUUUAUAUUUCACAGGCGGUGCCAACUUACAUUGUCUACAUCUACUACUAUGUCAAACAUUGUUAUCGUACAAAGCAGUUAUAGAAGAAACCUGAGGGUGAAAUGGUACGCUCUAAUAUGUUCAGUAUUUCACACAAUAAUAAGUUGUGUAUGUAGAGCGACGGAAUAUUGUGCAUCGGUGCUUAUUUUUGUGCUUCAACUAGAGACAAUCAGUAUUCUAAAUAAAUACAUUGAAAAUAAGUGUAUUUUUAUCUUUUUCUUGUUUUCCAUCUUCGCACGCUCGGUUUUCACUGCGACCGGCGGGAGCCAAGUAAGUGAAUGGUUCCUUGUUCCUAGGGUGGUAUAUAUUCUCGUGCACAAAAUGAUUUCCCGGUGUUAAUGUAAAGUAAUUGUAAUCUCUUGUGGACUGUUUCCUGGAUUUAGAUGUCCAAUGGGUUGUGAAUCCUUGUGGAAUGAUAUCAAUAUUACUGCCAUUCGU